CACUAAUACAUCCAACCCCCAUAAACUAAGCUUUUCGUCUUUGGGAAAGAAACAACUACACAAACCUCCCAAAGUCGUUAACAAAUUGCAAAUUUCCCAGUCAGCAGUUACGUUACCACUUCUCUUUCAUUCUCUCCUCUCUCUCUCAUCAAUGGAUGGUUUGAUCUUGCACAAACUCUUUAUCUUCUUCUUCUUCUUGUUCACCACAGCUUCAAACGCCAGCACCUGCAAAUCAGCGAAAUGCAGCCCUCUCUCUCCACAAAUCCAACCCCCAUUUCGAAUCCAUCCGCAACAAUGCGGCCUCUCCCAAUUCACUCUCUUCUGCGACCAUCACAACCAGACCACCAUCCGCUUCAACGCCACAAGAGAUUUGAUCGUCAAAUCCAUCUCAUACGACGCCCGCCGUCUCAGCCUCAUCGACCCCCAACGCUGCGUUCAUGGAGUUUUCUUGAAUUUGAACCUCUCUCACACCCCUUUCAGUUACUACCACACUCUCCGCCGCUAUAAGUAUCUGAAUUGCUCCUCCGAAGUGGCGGGGAUGGAGGCGGUUCCCUGCCUCAGCGGCGAGGCGCAUCGUGUCUAUGUUGUGGAGCCGUCGCUUCCGCCGCCGAUUUCUUGUUGGACCGUGAAAACCGCCUCGAUACCGUUUUCUUACAGCCGUUAUUUGUCUUCUGACGGCAGUUUUGGACUUGGGCUGACGUGGACUCCCGCUCCAGUGGAGGAAACAGAGUAUAAUUACACCUACAAAGUGAUUAUUGCAGUAUUAAGCAUGAUGGUUGUGGUGUUGAUGGCUGGGAAGGUGUUGUAUGCAAAAUAUGGCAGUAAAGAAAAUGAAGAGAGGCAUGUGGAGAAUGUCAAUUUACUGGGAGAAUAUCAUGUGUUAACCUUGUGAAUUUACAACUUUUUCUCUAUUUAAUUGUUUGUUUUUUUUUCACUAGGUUUGAAAUAGGCAUGAGGUGUAUGUUUCUUUAUACUGGAAUUGACAGUUUGGUGUGUGUUCAAUCUAGUAAGGGUUGUUACUUGUUA